GGUUAGUGGUUAGACAGUUAGAACAGGGUCACACAGCGGGCGUGUAAGUGAAAUCGGCUCGCGACUAUCUAAUCGAUCAAUUCUGCUGUCGACCUGCCUGACCUUUUCCCUCGCACCCAUUAAACAAUUGACAAGACACACAAUACCUCCAUACCGCAGUUAGGUGUAAAUCACUCCUGCCCAACAUUCUCAACGUAAAACCUCGUUUCUACCUUCCAAUCUUACUCUUUUUAACUUUCCCUAUGUUGACAAAAAAACUCAAAGCAAAACUUAACCUUCAAGCGUUUUACCAUUUUACCACGUUCGCAGUUUAAAUUGCACCUCUUUCCAUACCAUAUUCAAUCGGCUGUACAUGACUUUCUACUCCUCAUACCUUACACUUUCAAGCAGCCGAAGUCCCUACUUUACGAGCUCAUCUAUCUUUCAACCUUUAAAAUCGACUAUUACGGGCUUCUUACCCUGAUCAGUUCAGAAUGGCCGCAACCGAAUCUGCCCAGUCGUCAGCUUUGGCGGCCACUUCCAACAAAACCGCCCGAAUGUCUCCUCUGCCCCAGUCUAAACGCGAUAAGAGGCGACAGGUCGUAAAUGACCGUCUAGCUGUUUUGGCCGACAAGUUCAGCCGGGACAAAGAUAAACACUACCGAGACGAACUUCAUAAGAUCCAAAUCGAUGUUAACCUCGUCGGCCGAGUCGAUCCCUAUGCCGACCGGCCUCUCGAUGCAAUUGAUCGCGAGUACCGAGAAAUACAGAAUGCAACCAAUGCGCAACAGGCUACCAAUGCUAGUAAUAAUGGUAGCCCUAAGCGAAGUCUGCUCGAAAUGGCAGGCCCUACAUUCUCUGAAUGGGUUCAUCAGAUAGAAGACCUCGUCGAACAUCGCGACUACGAGAUGACUAGCCACAAGAUUGAAUACGAGAGGAAGCUUCGUGAACACCAUAAGACACACGCCUACAAAGUCGAACUAGCCAGGCGUGAACAUAAGAUUCUUUCAAACACGCUUAGAGAUCGUCUCAUUAAUGGUAUUACGUCCAAAAAGUACCGACUGGGCAAAGAAAAGGAAGCCCUAGAUAUCGCCGAUGGUUCUGCUCUUCUUCUACACCCGAACCAAUACAGCCUCACCAACCCCGCAAGUCCUGGAGGAACGCAUGGGAAGCGAAAUACCCGACUACGAAGAGAGAUGGAGGAGCUUCCAGGCUACUCGGAUAACAAGAAGAGGAAGCGAAAUGCUGCCGAUGAGGAGGGCUCGCCAGCUCCCAAGAGAGGAGCUCUUGAUAGUUCCAAUACUACGCCUUUUUGGUCGAGCGAAAGAAUCAGAGGUCUACGUAAGGAGACGGGACCAGUCUACAGCAUUGAAAAGCUUUUCACCGAUAAAGAACUAGCCAUGACCUAUAAUACUGCCGCCCUAGCAGCCCACAAGCAUCUCUUAAUACGCCGAGACACAAACGGCAAUAUUAUCACCCCCGACGAGAGUGUCGCAGACGGUAAUGACGAUGAAGAUGAACCUUCUGCAGUAAAUAUGGAGCGACAGCCCUCACAUACUACGCGAAGUACUCGAGGUGGACAUGGUCAACAGAAUUUCUACGAUGACCAAGUCCUGGGAAUAGAAGGCUUGGCCAAUUUCGAGAUACCGGGAAAUCUCGAUAAGGUCGCCGGUUCGGAGCCUAAGCUUCCCCCUCUUACUCAUUCGCAAUACUCGAAGGCUUAUAGAAGGGACGAGUCGAAUACCCCCCCGACCUUGAACGAAAGCGAGCGAGAUAGGGAUCUCGCAGUGAUGAAAUUGUUGAAGACAUACCAGAACAAACACGGUGUUGGCGCCAACCUUGAUGUUAAUAACGGUGGCCGGAGACUACUCGAGUCUAUGGCCGCGCCGCUGCAUAAGAGCAAAUAUGUAGCUUACAUGCAGGGCCCAAGGCCUUCCACAGACGCACUAUCAGAAUCCCUGGGUAUCCAGGAUAGUGACAUGAGAGGCGAAGCCGCAGGUGUCGAACCAGAAAACAGCGGAAGCUCUAAGGACUCCCCAGCUGUGGGGAAGGAUUCUGCGUCGGGAAUUCCGAUGAGCAGACAAAGUAGUCUGGGAGGUGUUGUGAUGAGCCGAUCAGGAAGUGCACGGGGCAAGCGAAAGGCCUAAUUGCGGAUUUUUGUUUUGUUUUUGAUUCUUCUUCAGUU